AGGCGACCGUGUCGGACAAGAGGCAGCAACAAAAGACAGAUAACUAAGACAGACAAAUCUGGGUCAGUUCAGGAGUCUAAGGCUAAACGACAGAAACAGUUAGAAACCUCACCUGUACCACCAGUUGUCACUGAUAAACAGGAUUUGACAGAGCCUACAGAAGACACACACCUGGGUCCAUCACCAAGAGAACCAGGUCAAGAGGGCACUUUAAUAACAAAUGGUCUGUCUGAGGAACCAGAGCUGAUAGAGAAAGCCAAAACAUUUGGUGUCGUUGAGGAGACUGAGGAGAGACGUGUCAUCAAUGGAGAAGAAGUUUCAUUCCUGCAGCCCAAGCUCCUGGAUGGUGGGGUGUUGAGAGCAUACCAGCUGGAGGGCUACAGCUGGCUCAAGGUGUUGUAUGAGAAUGGGGUAAACGGGAUACUGGCAGAUGAGAUGGGUCUGGGCAAGACUGUUCAGUGUGUGGCCAUCCUCUCACAUCUGGUCUACAUGGGAGUUCCAGGCCCCUUCUUUAUAUGUGCACCACUCUCAACUAUACCAAACUGGUUUGCAGAAUUUAAGAAAUUUGCACCAAAGGUGCCAGUAAUUCUUUACCAUGGUCAGAAGAACAAGCGAGUCCACUUGGCUAAGCAGAUACGACAGAAACAUAAAAUACGAGAGGGUGUUUAUGUACAGCCGGUUGUUAUCACAUCCUAUGAGGUUGCCAUGAUCGAUCGAAAGAUUCUGGCCAAUCAUGAAUGGAAGUAUCUUAUUGUAGAUGAAGGCCACCGUAUCAAAAACACUCACUGCCGCCUGAUUCGAGAGCUGCGUAUGUACAGAUCUACUCACCGUCUACUGUUGACUGGCACUCCGCUACAGAACAACCUGGCAGAACUGUGGUCCCUGCUAAAUUUUCUCCUACCUGAGAUCUUUAACGAUUUGGGAAGUUUUGAGGCCUGGUUUGAUGCAAGCUCAAUCAACGAGGCUGAUGCUGAAGAGAAGAUUCUGCAGCAAGAGAAAGCCAAAAACAUCCUGAGCAUGUUACAUCAGAUCCUGACCCCGUUCAUGUUACGGCGCCUGAAGUCAGAUGUGGAUCUGAACAUUCCCCCAAAGAAAGAGGUCCUGGUGUUUGCUCCGAUGACCCAGCAGCAGAGGCGCCUCUACUCUGCCCUGGUGGACAGAACCAUCUUUAGCAUCCUGGAUCAGAAAAAUAAGCCAGCAGAAGUAGUGGAAACACAAGCAAAUGGCAGACCUAAACGCAGGUCAGCUUCUGGCAAAGUUGAUUAUUCUUUGUUGAUGGAAACGGAUGCGGAACGGAAGUCCAACAAGACCAGGGGAGAGAAGGCACACAGAAGGCGAUGGAAGGAUGUGGAGCAGGAGGAGCAGGAACUGGAGAACUGGAUUCAGGCUGUGAGUGACACGGCCACACCAAAGGCUGGUGAAGAGAAGAAAGCAAGGAGUUCCCAGGUCACCAUCAAGAUGAGGAAUGUGAUGAUGCAGCUGCGCAAGUGCUGUAACCACCCCUACCUCCUGGAGCAUCCCGUGGACCCUGAGACGGGCGACCUGGCACUGACCGAGGAUGUCAUCACUGCCUCCGGCAAGAUGCUGGUGCUGGAUAAGAUGUUGGCAGAGCUGAAGAAACGGGGACACAGGGUGCUCAUCUUCAGCCAGAUGACUCGAAUGUUAGACCUCAUUGAGGACUUCUGUUACAUCAGGAAGUAUGACUUCUGUCGUCUGGACGGGAGCACACAUGUAGAUGACCGCAGAGACAGUAUGAACGUGUUCAACACUCAAGAUUCUGACAAGUUCCUUUUCUUGUUGAGCACAAGGGCUGGAGGGCUGGGCAUCAACCUCACAGGCGCUGACACUGUUAUCAUCUACGACAGUGACUGGAACCCCCAGUGUGACCUUCAAGCCCAGGACCGGUGUCAUCGUAUAGGUCAGACUAAACCGGUGGUCGUCUAUCGUCUUAUCACUGCUGACACUAUCGACCAGAAGAUCGUUGAAAGGGCCGCAGGCAAGAGGAAGCUGGAGAAAAUGAUUAUCCAUAAAGGAAAAUUCAAGAGUGGAAACUUCAUGACCAAAGAAAGUCCCAUCAGCCCAGAGGAGCUGCGGGACUUGCUACAUUCUACGGAUCAUGAGUCUGAGGUCAUAGGUGACAGCUUUGCCAUCAGCAAAGCCGAGAUGGAUUCCUUGUUGGACCGCUCUGACUUGCUGGAGAAGUGGAACCAGGCCAAGGGCCCAGAUUCUGGUGAAGAGAAGAAAACACCAGGUGCUGCAUCCAAGGGGAAAGUUGCAUCCAGGAAGAGUGAAAGCUCAAAAGGGAAGAAGAAGAAAACGGCAGUGCAUUCCAGGCUUUUUAAG